UUCUUGACCAAUCAGAGGCUCCCGUUUCGGAACGGAAGCUGUGUUUACAUUGUGCAAGAUGGCGGCGGGGAUGUAUUUGGAGCAUUAUUUGGACAGUAUAGAAAAUCUCCCCUUCGAGCUGCAGAGAAACUUCAAUUUAAUGAGAGAUCUCGAUCAGAGGACAGAAGAUCUAAAAGGACAGAUUGACUCUCUGGCUAAAGAAUACACAGCCAACGCGCGGACUCUUUCCUCUGAGCAGAAGUUAUCCAUACUGAGGCAGAUUCAGCAAUCCUACAGUAAAUGCAAAGAGUUUGGGGAUGAUAAGGUGCAGCUGGCUAUGCAGACCUAUGAAAUGGUUGACAAACACAUCAGACGUCUGGACACGGACUUGGCUCGCUUUGAAGCUGACUUGAAGGAAAAGCAGAUUGAAAGCACAGACUAUGAUUCUACUUCUAGUAAGGGGAAGAAAGGUGACACCAGACAAAAAGAAAAGAAAGUCGCUAAAACGAGGUCUAAGGUGAAGAGUUCAGAUGAAGAUGGCAGUCCUAAGAGCGCACAGAAGAAAGUCAAACUUCUUCAACCAGGAGAGUUCAACAGCCCUUCAUCUAACUUUGGGAAUGUGCACCCAUCUGAUGUUCUGGACAUGCCUGUGGACCCCAACGAACCCACCUACUGCCUGUGUCACCAGGUGUCCUACGGCGAGAUGAUUGGCUGUGACAACACAGAAUGCUCCAUUGAGUGGUUCCAUUUUGCAUGUGUGGGUUUAACAACCAAACCACGAGGCAAAUGGUACUGCCCACGGUGCUCUCAGGACAGAAAGAGAAAGUAAAACCCUAGACAACACGGUUCUUGUGAAAAGAAGAAAGUAUUUGUUCACUAAUUCCUAAAAACUUUAGAUUUCACACUUUUUUAUCCUUUUUUUUACAUUUGGUGCUCUUAUUUUGUGUUUACAAGUUUGCCUUGAUCGAAUACAGUGUGUAUGAAGAACCAGAGAGGAUUUGAAUUUAUUUAAGAUUUCAAGUUAAUUUUCUUUUCUUUUUUAAGAAUAAUGUGGACAUUUUUCCCAAGUUACAUUUGGUGCUUUUAUUGACUUUGUUUUAUUUCCUUUUUGCAUAUUGUUGUCUAAGUGAAUAAUAAACACUACGAUGUCCUUACUGGUUAAUAGUAUCAAUUUCAAUUUUACUGUCUUGUUUUUAAUUAAUACAACUAGAAAUUGUUGGUAUUUUCACUAAAAACAGACAGUUUAAGUUUUUUUUUCUUUGAUGGUUAGAUUUCCAUGUUUAGCAUUUGGAUGCUAUAUUUUGUUUGAGUAAUGGUUAAUUAGUAAGAUUUACAUACAGGCAGUAGUAGUCGUUUUCUAAUAGUAAGUUUUAUCCAUUUCAUUUUUAAAAAUUGACAGAAAAAGAAAGCAAGAUAUUUCUUGAGUAUUAUCAUCUCUGUAGCUGAAUUAUUGGUGAGGGGGUGAUUGUGUUGUCAAUCAUUUGAAUACAGCUACUACCUCAAAAAA